AUGGGUGUAUCAAGGGGACUUCUCUACCUUCACCAGGACUCGAGAUUAAGAAUCAUUCAUAGGGAUCUCAAAGCCAGCAACAUUUUACUAGAUGAUGAACUAAGUCCCAGGAUUUCUGACUUUGGGACAGCCAGAAGUUUUGGGAGAGAUGAAAUUGAAGCCACAACAAAGCGAGCUUGGUUGCUGUGGAAUGAUCAUAGAGCCCUGGAAUUAGUGGAUUCAUGUUUGGAAAAUUCAUACAUUGAAUCUCAAGUACUAAGAUGUAUUCAAGUGGGUCUAUUGUGUGUUCAGAAAUUGCCAAAAGACAGACCAACCAUGUCAUCAGUAGUUUUCAUGCUGGGUAAUGAGGGGGUGGCAUUGCCUGAACCCAAACAGCCUGGUUUCUUUGUCGAAAGAAGUUCCAUGGAUGCAGAGACAUCAAGAGGUGAGAGAACUCAUACUGGAAAUUCCUUGACAAUAAUAGUAAUGGAAGCUAGAUAG